UUGAAUGAGAACAGGGAGAAAGUCGCCUUCUGAUUGACACCAUGAGAACACCCCAUUGUUCUAACCCCUGUCUCCUCGCACUGAAGGGCUUGGCUCAGCUUUGAGAACUCUGUUUUCUCCAACUCAGGUCUCUACCCGCAGUCAGGCCACAGAAGAAUGCUUGAAUGCUAUUCUCAGAGUGAGUUCUGGCGGUCUUCCACACUACAGUCACAUAGGAGUGAAUUGGAAACCAUCUCCGAAGGAACAAGAGAGCUUGUUUGGUAGUUGGAUUCCAGAACUGAUUGUGGAGGAUUUGGGAAUGACACUUCUAGGGCAAGAUAGGAAGACAUGCAGAGGAUUUAAUGUCUCGAAAAAAGUCAGAAACAUCUGUCACAUGAUGCAUCAGUUGAUAAAAUUCUUCUAGUCUAUGAUUUCAGCUCUCAGGACAGCAUCAGCCUACCGGGAGACGCCGAAGUGUGAGCCAGGACCAUGGAAGCUUCUGUGUUGAGUCCAACAUCUUGGGAGAAGCGGAGGGCCUGGCUGCGACAGAGCCGGAACUGGCAGACCCAGGUUCUUGAAGAGGAGGUAACGGCUGCCCUUCAGGAUAUCCCAAGUCCCGAGCCUUCCAACCUGGAUGAUGUUUUCCAGGAAGGAAACCCAAUCAAUAAGAUUGAAGACUGGCUGCAGGAUUGUGGAGACUCUGAAGAGGAGCUUGCUGAAGUCACAGGACAGUGUAUCGACAAUGGGUGCUAUAGUCAUGAGACCAGCUUUGAAGAUGACUUGACCCUUGGAGCAGAGGCCACACUACUGAAUGCCAAUGGCAAGCUCUUUUCCAGGAAUUUCCUCCAGACAGCCAGGCCUGGCCAGCUGCUUGAUCUGGGCUGUAGUCUGGCUUCCAGCAGCAUGACUGGUGGGACUAACAAGACUAGUUCAAGCAUCUCUGAGAUUCUGGACCAGGUACAAGAAGAUGCAGAAGAUGUCCUUUUCAGUCUUGGCUUUGGCCAAGACCACAAAGACACAUCUCGGAUCCCGGCGAGAUUUUUUACCAACCCCUCCCAGGCCAAGGGCAUUGACUUUCAGCUCUUCCUGAAGUCCCAGGUGCAGAGGAUUGAGAUGGAGGAGCCCUGCCUCAUGCUGGCUAGCAGGUUUAAGCAGGUGCAAACACUGGCUGUCACUGCAGAUGCCUUCUUCUGUCUCUAUUCCUAUGUGUCUAAGACACCCGUCCAGAAGUUCACACCAUCCCACAUGUUCUGGAAUUAUAACCCCACUGAUGUGCCAUCCAUCAAAAUUCUGACCCCAGAGCCUGAACCCCACUCACCUAGAGAACGCCUUCGGAAAGCUAUCUCCAAAAUGUGCCUAUAUACAGGUUCCCGAGAUCCGCUGUCAUCACCUAGCAGCACCCCAAAAAGGAACAGUUUGGACCAAGUGGUAUGGGAAGUAAUGGACAGAGUAAGAGGAGGAGAGAAACUGGUUUUCCAUAAAGGACCUGGCUUUGAGGAAGGCCCUGGGGAAAAUCCCGCACCCCCCAUAGGAGAUACAAAAUUUCCUGCUUCUUCGUUUCCAUUAGUCCUCUGCCCGAAAGAAGAACUACUGCAAGGAACCCUGGCAAAACCACAAACUCUACAUUGGAAGACUGAUCCAUCCUGCUGGACACAGUCCUUAAACAAAACAGAGUCACCAUGGAGCCCAAACCCUGUGCAAGCAAGGAACGAACUGUGUGGUCUACAGGAAAGCCAUUCAGACAAGAAUGAGACUUUCUGGAAAAGAAAGAGCAAAGCAAGAAAGUGUCUGUUUCAAAAGAGCCCUUUGGACAGGAAGGUAGAGUCAUUGGAUCUGUCCAGCAUCAAGCAGAAGUGGAAGCAGAUUCAAACAAGACCGGAAAUGCACCGAUCUCUAACCCAACAGCCCCAGGACAGUUUUGACUCAGAAGAGGGGAAAAGCAACAGUGAAGAGGAGGAGAGCCGGUGGCCUGGCAAACCCAGACAACUCCACUUUUACCAGACUUACCUCGGCAAAGAUUCACAAAGCCUUCUUAACCAACACCAUAACACAUAUCCUAAGAACAAUGGCUUCCCAGAAGAUCCUACUUCCCACCUCUGGCAGGAAGUUGUACAUCCCUGCCAUUCCAACCCUUGCCCCUUAGCACUUGAAACUUCUGAGUGCACUAGGAGACCCACAGCGUGGUAUAUCAAGAAGAAGACCAGACCAAGAGAGCUGGAUUCUGCAUCCUGAUGCUGGUAUGAGCUGUAACCAUAGAGCAAGAACUUAGGCACAUCACUUCAUUUCCCAGCACAUUGGUUUCUCUACGAGGUUGGUAUUACCUACAUGCUAUGGAUAAAUUGGACAAAGACUUAAAUUUCUGUCAAACUUUGCCAUGGUUGAAGGCAUUUAGAAGAUUCAAGGAUGAUUACAUUUGGGGACUAAAGGUGGCUUCUGGAAUGCUCUCAAAGGCCUCAAGCUAACAGAGGAAGGAAAAACCUCACCUCAAAAAUCUCAAUGAAGCCCACCUAAGAUUUCCCUCUGGACCCUAUGCAUUCCUAAUUAAGUUCCUGAAAAUCUUCCACAGUACCAGAGUUGGAUCCAGGAUGGACUGGGAGACUUUCCUAUGUCCUAUGCUGUCUUGGAUCCUCCCCACCCCCCAUUUAAGUCCAACUCUGACUACCCAAGAUUCCAUAUAGAAAUAUAGGGGUUGGCCUCAGAGUCCUUUCUCUUAGUCUUUGCAAAAAUAAAAAAUUUAAAAAAAUUCACGGUAUUUUCUUCUGGCAGAAAAACAAUAAAAAU